ACGGGAGAAGGAGCAGCCCGGGACCGAGAGAUAUAACACACACCGUCCAACAGCUGGGUUUUUAUGGUUUUUUACUUUCGGUUCAUCUCCCCACUCAUGAGGAGCAGUUUUAAUCCUUUUAUCGGUGUUUUAAGCCGCUGAAUUGGUGCUUUUUCUCGGUCGCUGUGCGCGUCUCCGGGCUGCGUGUUUGUCUCUAGUUAAAAUGGCGAGCUCGGCUAACUCGAACCCAGUGCCUAAGCUCUAUAAGUCGGUGAUGGAAGACGUGAUCAACGAAGUCCGAGAGCUGUUCCUGGAUGAAGGUGUGGACGAGCAGGUUCUCAUGGAGCUCAAAACGCUGUGGGAGGGUAAGCUGAUGCAGUCCAAAGCCGUCGACGGCUUCCACUCGGAGGAGCAGCAGCAGCAGCAGCAGGUCGCUCAGCAGCAGCAUGUUCAGCUCGUCCAACCCGCCCAGCCGACUAACCAACCUCAGCAGAUUAUGAUUCCUGCGGCGCAGCACGCUCCACAACAGCAGGUGAUCAUACAGGAUCCCAAACUCCUACAGCACAUGAGUGCGACCGGCAUGAGUGCGGCAGCCACCGCGGCGACGUUGGCUCUGCCCGCCGGUAUGUCGUCCUACCAACAACUCAUCACCCCUCAAGGUCAGAUCCUGCAGGUGGUGAGAGCUGCCAACGGGACUCAGUACAUCAUUCAGCCCCAGCAGCCCAUCAUGGUGCAGCCACAGGUUCUCCCUCAGAUACAGACCGGUGGGGUACAGGCUCCGGUCAUCCAGCAGGUGUUGGCCCCUCUGCAGGGCGGCCUUCCUCAGCAGACGGGUGUGAUCAUUCAGCCGCAGCAGAUCGUUCUAGCGGGAAGUAAAGUGCAGCAGAACGCCCAGGUCAUGCAGGCGACCAUGGCACCCGGACAGAACCCCCCACAGACGCAAGCGCAAACCCAGCCGCCCAUGAUGCUCCAGGUGGACGGCUCCGGAGACACGUCGACCGAGGAGGACGAGGAGGACGAAUACGACGAGGACGACGACGAAGACCAUGACCGAGACGGAGGAGAGGACGGACAAGUAGAGGAGGAGCCUCUGAACAGUGGAGAUGACGUGAGUGACGAGGAGGACCAGGAGCUCUUCGACACGGAGAACGUGGUCGUGUGUCAGUACGAUAAGAUCCACAGAAGUAAGAACAAAUGGAAGUUCCACCUGAAGGACGGCAUCAUGAACCUGAACGGCCGCGAUUACGUCUUCUCCAAAGCCAUCGGGGACGCCGAGUGGUAGCCGGACUGGAGCAGAGGCCGCGGACUGUGACCACGCGUGGGAUUCGUCUGUAGGGGGAGACCGGACUGCUCGGGCGUCGGAGGGAGGCGGGCACGUGGCGAGCGACGGCGCUGUACAUUUUCGGAACGUCACCCGCGCGUUUUUUUUUUACGGAGGAGCUCGGACGACCGCCGGAGGUUUUUCUGGCUCCUCUGAUGGACGGUUUGAACUGGAACUAAUCUCCUGACGGUCGGUGAACCGGUCCGGCGCGAACGAACGGGUCGGAGCCGAGGAUUCCCAGACGCUUUUCUGUAGUGCCUCCAAGUAGCUGUGAAGUAGGCGCGUGCCGAAUUUUUAUGUUGUUUCGUUAUUCUUUUAUAACCCGCUUUAAUUCACGAGCUUCACCCGGGAGCGGUGACGCAGGAGGGUCGUCACCGGGGGAAGGGGUCACGCUGCCUCAGACGACGGUCCAGCCCGGAACGGAGCGGCGUGAUCCGCCACGCUGCGUCGUGCGUGUACAUUAGUGUGUGUUUGGUCGUAGUUCUGCAGGUCAAUUUUAAUGUCGACGUGAGAGACGUCGUUUAUUCACUACUAGUCGCUUCCCAGCAAACGUUUUAAUAUUCAUCAGCAAACAAAAGGCGCAAAAAAGGAUUUUAUUUUAUAUAUGUGUCAGAAAUUUGAUUGGAAUGAGCUUUGAUUCUUACUUUUUAUUUAAUUUAUUGGGUUUUUUUUGUAACCAACACAUUUAAUCGUGAAUUAUUACUCAUAAGAAUUUAUUUUCUCCUCCGAUUUGAUUUUCUAUUCCGUUUAACGGGGCUAACUGUGUAAUGCCAAAGCUUUCAAUAAGGUCAAUCACAUGAGCCGGAGAAAACCUGGACCGGUGACAUCACUGUGCCCCAUCAUACGGUCGUGGAACUCCACCCCUUUGGAUCACAGGGCCCGCUGUGACCUUGACCGGGAUGCAUGCUGUAUUAUUAUUGGAAGGCUUCGUGUAUAGACGUGAUGUCGGCGCUCCCGGUUCUCUCUGCGUUCCACAUUCCUGUCUGACGUGUCUGAAGUUUUACUGGUACCCAUCUUCGGCCCUUUGUUAAAUCCAAUCUAUAUUUACUUUAUAUUUAUUUAUUUUCUUUUUGUUUUGCAUUUAUGAUUGAAUGACAUUCUUACAUUUCACUGCGAGCGUUUCUCAGCAGUGUAGAACCCACACUGCCCAUGUAUUACUAUUAUUAUUAUAUUAUGUUUAUUAUUCUUUUUUCAUUCUAUUUAUUCCCCGAGCUCAGACACCAUGAAACACGCACACACAGAGGAUGAAGCUGCACCACACCGUGUUCCUACGUUCUUCUGUUUUAUCUUCUCACCGUUUUAGCUUGAACCUGACCGUGAGCUGUUCCGUCACUAUCCAGCGUCGUACGUCAUAAGUCUCGUACCCUAAACCCCCCCCCCCCCGUGUCUCUUUGGCGAUCACGUCCACUGAAUAGUCCAAACGCUCUUUUAUUUGUCGAUUUAUUGUUUGUGCCUUCGGAUAUGAUUUCAGCUAUCAGGUAUUUUGCAAAACGAAUGGUAGCCUUUUUAGAGUCGAGCCUUUAAACCCGACAGACACUGCUUUGUUUUUACGAUUGAUAAUAAACCAUGUGCUCAAA